CUGAAGACAUUGACUUUAAUGAACAAUUCAAAUAUUUGUGGACAUUCGAUGGUUGUUCAGUGGUAACAGUUGAUAGCACAGAGAACAGUGAACAGACUUUAACAAAUACAGUUGUUAGCAUCAUCUCUAACAAAGGGCUACAAUGUUCCAGUUUACAUCUACCUGUCCAGCUGUGACCACAAUGCUGAUAUUAACUUUUGCAAUAACUCUGACCAUUACUUUGGGCCAGGAAGAUACGGAAUCCGCCUUCCAAUAUUUAGGACCUGGCUAUACCUAUAAGUACAUUGAACCAUCACCAACAGAAAACUUCUACCCAAGCCAAAAUGUAAUGGAAUGCGCCAUGAAAUCUUUAUACAGUGGCUCACGAUUCUUCAGUUACCACAAAGUCAGUCGUCUUUGUAAGAAUUACUCAGCAAGAAGAAAAUUAACAAUGUCCACUACACAGGACAGCAAUGAGAUAUCUUUCUAUAGAGUUGAGGAUUGGAUGAAAGUCUAUGCCAUAUCAAGAGGCACUGGUUCAGAUGUCCGUAACUCUUUUCUCGGUUAUGGAACUCCUUCAUCAUGGAACGUAGACAAAUGUAAAGAUAACAUUUGUCCUAACUUCUUCCGGCAUCCCCUCUUAGACACCUGGGAUUCUUUACAAAUUGAUGAGGUGAAACUGGUAUUAUACAAAAAUCAAACACCUGUCCUAAAUAUGGUCUUUAAUGGACGAAAUACAACAAGAAAAAACUGGUUUUCUUUUGAAAACCUGAAAAGUUCCCCAUGGAAUGACUUGAAUCAAGGCAUGGCCGAAGUAUUCUCAAUUAAUGGAAAUCAGUAUGCUAAUUUUAUCACUUUAUGUUAUUUAAUUGUGUUUCUUUAUGUUCUGUGA